UAGAACUGAAGCGAGGAAUGGAUGUCUCUGUUUUCUGGCGAAUCGGGAUGUUUUUCUGUUCGAAAUUUCAAAAUUAAAAGAAUGCAGAGCGGCAUGAAUUUUCUUGCAAGUUUUGGACUGAAUUUUCUGCACUCACCUUUAUUAGUUCGCUUAAAAAUAUUAGACGAAGAUAUUUCCUUAGGCUUAAGGAAUGUCUACGAGAGUGACAGAAGCUAAUAUGCCUUUGUCCCGCACCCGAUCACUUGUAACUAGCAUCAAUGGAAACCCCAGCUCUGCGAUUAAAGAGCCUUUUCUACCACAGAUUGGCGACAAGAACAGUAAAACUUCCCUUCCGCCGAUUAAAAGCCAAACUAUUAAUACAAUCUCUCAAAAUAACGCACCAAAUCGUCACAUGUAUGAAAACGAUAGGGACCACAGCGAUACUUCCACAUCCAGAGCCGUUCCUCAGCUACCAGAAGUCCGUCCUGCGACCAGUGGGGAUAGUUCGUCAAGUAAUAAGAGCUCCACGAGUAAACCUAAGAUCCCCGUUGCAACACCGGAACAAGUUAUGAAAUUGUAUGUACAUAAAAUGACCCCUUAUGAACAACAAGAAAUCUUUUCAUACUCUCAUAUCUAUUUUCUGGGUGCAAAUGCGAAAAAAAGGCAAGGUAUCAUUGGAGCUCCAUCUAAUUGUGGCUAUGAUGACAGUACAGGAUCUUACAUCCACGUUCCUCAUGACCAGAUAUCAUACAGGUAUGAGAUGCUGAAAGUUAUAGGGAAAGGAAGCUUUGGGCAAGUUAUUAAAGCAUAUGAUCAUAAAGAAGGCAUAUAUGUUGCUCUCAAAAUGGUACGCAAUGAGAAAAGAUUUUUUAGACAAGCUCAAGAGGAAAUUAAGAUAUUAGACCACUUAAGAAAGCAAGACAAGGAUAACACAAUGAAUAUAGUUCAUAUGUAUGAGCAUUUUAUUUUUCGCAAUCACGUAUGCAUCACUUUCGAGCUUCUCAGUAUUAAUUUGUAUGAACUCAUUAAGAAAAAUAAAUUUCAAGGAUUUAGCUUGCAGUUAGUUCGUAAAUUUGCUCACUCCUUGUUACAAUGUCUAGAUGCACUUUUCCGUAACAAAAUUAUUCACUGUGAUUUGAAACCUGAAAAUGUUUUAUUAAAGCAGCAAGGUAGGAGUGGUAUUAAAGUAAUUGAUUUUGGAUCAAGUUGUUUUGAAGAUCAAAGAGUUUAUACCUAUAUACAGUCUCGAUUUUAUCGGGCACCUGAAGUUAUUCUUGGCUUGAAGUAUGGAAUGCCAAUUGACAUGUGGAGUUUAGGUUGUAUUUUGGCUGAACUUUUGACUGGUUAUCCUUUGUUACCAGGAGAGGAUGAAAGUGAUCAGUUGGCAUGCAUGAUAGAACUUCUUGGCAUGCCUUCCCCAAAGUUGUUAGAUCAAUCAAAGCGUGCCAAGACAUUUGUGAAUUCAAAAGGCUAUCCACGGUACUGUACUACAACAGUUCAACCUGAUGGUAAAAUAGUACUUAGUGGUGGAAGAUCUCGGCGUGGCAAGUUACGAGGGCCACCUGGUAGUAAAGACUGGAUACGUGCUCUCAGAGGUUGUGAUGAUGUAUUGUUUAUAGACUUCUUAAAAAGAUGUCUUGAAUGGGAUCCAGCGCUUCGCAUGACACCACCUGCGGCUCUCAGACAUGGCUGGCUUCGACGAAGGCUUCCUCGUCCUCCACAGAGCUCAAGUAACACCGCAGGCAGUGACCCAUCCCAUCGAACUUAUGUUCAGGAUGGCAGCAGUAGUGGUGAUGUAGCAGCUUUGCGCUCUAGUCUUGCUAAAACUAAUGUAAAUAAUUCAAAAGGCAGAACUGCAUUAAGUAGUGCUGGAGAGAGCAUGACAGGUGCAACUGACUCUCGUACAUUACCUACUAUUGGUAAGAUUCCUUAAUAUAUGUGAUAUUUAGAUUUAUUAUAGUUUUAUAAUGAGCUUUUGCAACACUCGCGAGUUUUUAAAUGUUUAUUAGAAAUGAUAUGCUAUAGUUCCCUAAAAAUAUGUGUGUACAUUCUGUGCAUUUUUGUUAUAUUGCAUUUUCAUGUGACAGAAUG